AUGGGCAGGCUCUGCCGUUCGUCAAUUAGUUCCCAAGUCAUGCAUCCGCUGCAGGUCCUCACACCGAACGGCUCUGCUCCGCCCAACUGCAACGAGACGGUCGAGACCUGCAUGCAGUGGGUGGGAAUCUUUGGGUAUAAGUAUGACGCUCUAAAGAGUGUCGUAGAGAAUACACCCGACGACAAGUAUGAAAACCAUUUGAGGGUGACAAGUUGCAAGUGA